AUGCUUCUUGGGAUGGGGUUCAGCUUUUUCAAAAUAUGUUCGUGUUGGUUGGCAAUUUUGUGUCUGCUGAUUGCUUCGUGGCUCUAUUCCGAACAUCUUUUCAAAGAUCGUCUGCAAGCACAGCAUCAACGAUUUUCAUUAGGAUUGGAUUUUGAAGAAUUUGAUUACAUUGUGGUCGGGAGUGGAUCUGCUGGCUCGGUACUUGCUAAUCGUCUUUCAUAUUCCCGAGAAGAAUUAUUAUUGAAUAACCAAUCAUCUUCUACUGUACUAUUAUUGGAAGCAGGAAAAUCAGAUAAUACACCACUUGCACAUUUUUCCUUUCUCUAUGCUUUUACGUUUUGGAGUUCGUUGGAUUGGCAAUAUUUUACUUUGGAUUCCGAGUCGAAAAUUAAUGAAGGGCAUAUCUUGCGGAAAAUGUAUUGGCCACGAGGUAAAAUACUUGGUGGUUGCUCAUCAACAAACGCAAUGAUUUACAUGAGAGGCAGUCCUCAGGAUUAUGAUUCGUGGAAUGAGUGUGAAUGGGAUGGUAAAAGCAAAAUUUGGAACUUUGAAAAUGUGUUGAAAUAUUUCAAAAAGUCACAGCGUCAAAUGGGAGAUGCUCAACAAUUUUCUAAUGAAUACCACGGAAGGGAGGGUGAAUGGAUUGUUAAGAGCCACAAUGAAAAUGAGAUUGUGUCAGUUAUUAAGCCAAUUGUGAAAGCUUUCAGCAAAAUUCUCUCGAUUCCAAUAAUUGACGAUUUCAAUAACCCACAUCAUACCCAUCAAGAAACCGAUGCACCAUACAAUGAGGUGCAUUUGGGAGCAGUUGGAAACACUCAAGUCAAUAUUUAUAAUGGAAAGCGUUUCAGUGUAGUAGAUGCUUUCCUUACUGAACAAGUUUUGAGGAGAGAAAAUUUAUUUGUGAGGACACAAGCGCAUGUCACUCGAAUUUUAUUUAAUGGAACUCGAGCUAUUGGAGUCGAAUAUUUUGAUGAACGAAUGAAGAAGUAUAUUGUCAAGAAAGCACGGAAGGAGGUCAUCCUAUCCGGAGGAUCUAUUAACACUCCUCAAUUGUUAAUGCUUUCAGGUAUUGGUGAUGAAAAUCAGCUUAAAAUGCACAACAUUUCUGUGAUUUAUAAUAAUCCUAAUGUUGGUCGCCAUUUACAAGAUCAUGUUGCUACUUAUAUUCCAUUCUAUUUAACAACGAGUUUUGAGAGCUUGAUUUCCUCAAUACUUUCCAAUCCAUUCAUUGAAAUUUUUAAUUUACUGUUUCAAAAGAAGGGAAAAUUGACAACCAAUGGAGUAGAACUAAACACUCUAUUAAAAACCAAGAAAUGUGAGCAUGAUCGAGUGUUACGAUAUAGUCCUUCCAAAUGGGAUUUGGUGCAUCAAAAAUGUUAUGACAAUCAUCAUUGUGACUCGCAUGACAUUCAAAUUCAUGGUACACCAACAGUAGCAUAUGAAAGCGGUAAUUUUGCGUUGCAUCAGCAUGGUUACACAUUUAUUCCUUUACUGCUACAGCCAAAAAGUAGAGGUACAGUAAGCCUUAAGAGCAGCAACCCUUUUGAUUAUCCAAUCAUUGAUAGCAACUUUCUGGGCCAUGAGCAUGAUCAAAACACUCUUGCAGAGGCCGUUAGGCUUUGUUUAUUAGUUUCUGAAGAAUUGAGGCGAGAAAAAGUGAUAUUAGAACCUACUAUUAAGGUAAAGAAGCUCAUUCAAAACCUCAACUCUUCCAAUUCAGAAGAAGAGAAGAGACACCAUUUAAUUAGAUAUGCACUGGACAAUGUAGAUCUAAUUUAUCAUCCAACAGGCACUUGUAGGAUGAGUAAUAGUAGUGAGCAAGGAGUGGUUGACGAACGAUUGCGAGUGUUUGGUGUGCAAAAUCUGAGAAUUGUCGAUGCUUCUGUCAUGCCAUCAAUUGUGAGAGGAAACACUCAAGCACCAGUUGUCAUGAUUGCUGAAAUAGCAUCAGAUUUGAUUCUUGCAGAUAAUGAAAGGUGA